AUUCCGUAACGUGGUUGCAUACGGCCGUACGGGAGCAGCGCUGUGGCCUGCGUUACGGACGCGCCUGAUUUGUUAAUCCUCUAGAAUUUGCUGUUGCUUCACAGUUAUCCGCUGAUCCCGAACAGCAAACCACCAUCAGUACAUAUUACGUCGUUUUUGAUAACAGUAGUAACCCGCACCGUGCGCGUCAUGUUUCGGUACUGGCUGUUGGCGAUUGGGUGGGGCGUUUUAUCGAUCGCAUUUGCCGAGGACAACGAUUUCGUGGACGUGUGCUUCGAGCACGAGGGCGAAAAACCACCGCACUGUGAGUUUAUCGACUUUGACGAUGUGUUCCAAACGUCCAGCACCGACAUCAAGUUCAACUGGAGCUUCAUCACGAAGCUGACGAUCAGCAACAAGAAGAUAAUCGGUGUGCCGACGAAAAUGUUUGCCUCCCUGCCGAACCUGGAGAGCUUCAUCGUGCUCAACAGUCUGUUCUACCGGGAAAUCGAUCCGAACAGUUUCGUCGACUGUAACAAGCUGAACCACAUCGAAAUAACUGGCACGAACAUUACGCUGCUCGAUUCGCACCUGUUCCCGAAAACUCCCAAGCUCCAGUACCUGCUGUUCCAUCACAACCGUCUCGCGGAGAUCAAGCACGAUGCGUUCGAGUUUUUGGGCGAGCUGGAGGAACUGAACCUGUCGUACAACAAUCUAACCCGGCUGCCGAGCGGAGUGUUUCACAAGCUGCGCAAGCUGAAGACGCUCGAUCUGAACCACAAUCGGUUGCUGCUGCUCAGCUUCGACAGCUGGUUCCCACCGGAUGGGGCGGUCGCGCUGACGUAUCUCGACGCGUCCUACAACCAGCUGGUCGACAUGUCCUGGACGAACAUUAGCGUGCGCAAGGUGAACCUGAAGUACAACAAUCUGACGAGCGUGCAUGUGAACGGCAACUGUAGUGAGUUUCACGCGUCCCACAACGCGAUCGACACGGUAACGAUCGGUCGCAACUGCAGCCUGGAGAAGCUCUAUCUCGCCCACAACCGUCUGCAGGGAUUCGAUUGGUUGUUGCGCUGUGCCGACACACUCCGCUCGCUCGACGUUUCGCACAAUCUGCAGCAGAAGGGGACCGAUUUUCUGUACCUGAAGCAAAUCACCGCACUGAACAUCGAGUGUACGAACAUAAGCCUCAACUACAAAACGUUGCACGAUCUGCGGAAGCUGCGCUUCCUGGACAUAUCGUACAACAAUUUGAAAAAGAUCGAUCUGGAAAACCUUACCUCGCAGCGACUGCUGGAGCGGCUGAUGAUAAGCGGCAAUCCCAUCGCCAACAUCUCGAUUGGAUCGAUCAAGCGAAACUUCCCGAACCUCAAAUCACUCGGCAUCUACGAUCUGCCCUGGAACUCUACCUCGCUGUCGAUCGCAAUCGAUGACCUGAAGAAGCAUGACAUUCAACCGUACAUACGAAGUGACUAUCUGUUCGAUGAGUCCAAGUGCCCGCUGAAGGUGACGCCAUCGUUCGGUAACGACACCGAGCACGAGCUGAGCGAUGAUGAACGAUCGAGGGAUGCACAUGAGCAUGGUAGUGCGGGUGAUAAGACGGCCGAGUACGUCGUCAUUGCACUGCUGCUGUGCAUGGUGUUCGGUCUGCUGGGCAAACUGUUCGUCGACAGUCGAUACUUUACGGUGCUGUUUAAGGAACGCAUCCAGCGGCGAUCGUCGAUUUCACACGAAAGCUUAGUGUCGUGUGAUCUGAAUGGUUAGCGACAGGUGUUGUCAUAUGGAACCGGAUAGUCCAACAGCCAAUAGCACACACUAUCUGAUUGGCUGCAAUAGGCUUUAGAGACGAAAGUAUGAUCAAGGGUGUAAAGUGAUUUGAUUUUUCACGCUUUCCAGCAGAAGGAUAAGCACCAGCAGCUAGUAAACAGAAUGUGUUAGUCGUUCUAGAGCAAGGACAGUAACAUUCAGAUCCUCAAAUUAUAUGUUCCAUUUACAGAGUACAGAUGGGUUUUGCUGAAUGAUGAAGGGAGUGAAUGCAUACCUGGCUGCAUUUAGCUAAAUUCAAUUCUUCAUUUAAGUACCGGAAAAAGAAUUGACCGCUAAACCUUACCAGGUUACAUUUAUUUUAGAAUUGUUUAACGUCGUCAGUUAGAGGAAUGACCUCGUUUGCUAAACGUUUGAAAUCGUUCCAUACACUAAUGGGGCAGCUCUAUCAGUGAUACAAUAUAGAAAUCGUAUUUAUGUGUAAACACCAAAUAGACAAUAAACAAUAACUCCAUCAAUCGCAAAUGAUUAUUUAAUCUCGCAAGAUAUAUGGCCGGUGUAGCCGGUUUCAGUGUAAAUCGUAUGCUGUUCAAAAUGGUUUGUACUUUGUGUUAGGUGAU